UUUUGUUUUGUUUGGAAGGCCGCUGUAAACAUGGCUGAUUCCAUUGAAAUGGAUGGCGAUUGGGAGAUCGGAGAUAUUGCUGCAAAAGCUCCGAAAGGGAAUAAAAAGCUUUCGGUUGAAAGAAUUUAUCAGAAGAAAACUCAACUGGAGCACAUUUUGCUCCGACCUGAUACAUAUAUUGGAUCCGUCGAACCUGUCACUCAAACUAUGUGGGUAUACGAUGACGGUAUUGGAUUGGUAAAUAGAGAAGUUACUUAUGUUCCUGGUUUGUAUAAAAUAUUUGAUGAAAUUCUUGUGAAUGCAGCUGAUAAUAAGCAACGAGAUAAAAGUAUGGAUAUGAUAAAAAUUGAGAUUAAUCCAGAAAAAAAUAAAAUUUGUAUUUGGAAUAAUGGACGAGGCAUUCCAGUUGUUGAACACAAAGAUGAAAAAAUGUUUGUGCCAUCCUUGAUUUUUGGCCAUUUGCUAACAUCAUCGAAUUAUAAUGAUGAAGAACGUAAAGUCACUGGGGGUAGGAAUGGUUAUGGUGCAAAAUUGUGUAACAUUUUUAGUACUAAGUUUACAGUCGAAACAGCAUCCAAAGAAUACCACAAACAAUUUAAGCAGACUUGGAAGGAUAAUAUGACCAAAGCAGAAGAACCGAAGAUUCAGAGUUUUAAUGGUUCUGAUUUCACUUGUAUUACAUUUUAUCCAGACCUAGCAAAAUUUAAAAUGACAGUUCUUGACAAAGAUAUUGUUGCUAUAAUGACAAGGCGUGCUUAUGAUAUUGCUGGUUGUGCACGUGGUGUGAAAGUUAUCUUGAAUGACAAAAGGCUGCCUAUAAAGACUUUCAAAGAUUACAUUAGCCUUUAUUUAACUGAGAAAACUGAUGAAAAUGGAGAUCCAUUAAAAAUAGUUCAUGAAGCCGCAAAUGAACGAUGGGAAAUAGCCGUCACUCUGAGUAGCAGUGGUUAUCAGCAUGUAAGUUUUGUUAACAGUAUUGCCACCACUAAAGGUGGACGCCAUGUUGAUUAUAUAACUGAUCAGUUGACAUCUAAAAUUGCAGAAGUGAUAAAAAAGAAAAACAAGGGUGGUAAAGAUGUUAAACCUUUUCAAAUUAAAAGUCAUUUAUGGGUGUUUGUAAACUGUCUUAUAGAAAAUCCAACAUUUGAUUCUCAAACUAAAGAAAAUAUGACAUUGCAAAUAAAAAAUUUUGGUUCUAAAUGUCAGUUAUCUGAAAAGUUCGUCAAUCAAGCUAUGAAAUGUGGUGUUGUUGAAUCUAUCAUGUCUUGGAUAAGAUUUAAAGCACAGACUGAACUUGAGAAAAAGUGUAGUGGGAAAAAACAUACCAAACUAAGAGGUAUUCCGAAACUGGAAGAUGCCAAUGAUGCUGGUACAAGGAAUUCUAUUGACUGUACUUUGAUUUUAACUGAGGGAGAUUCAGCUAAAUCUUUGGCUGUAUCUGGACUGGGAGUUGUAGGCAGAGACAAAUAUGGAGUGUUUCCUUUAAAAGGUAAGAUUUUAAAUGUUCGAGAAGCUUCUCACAAACAAAUUUUGGAGAAUGCAGAAAUAAAUAAUAUAAUCAAAAUCAUGGGAUUGCAGUAUAAGAAGAAAUAUGAAUCUGUAGAUGAUUUGAAGACAUUAAGAUAUGGCCGACUGAUGAUUAUGACAGAUCAGGAUCAAGAUGGUUCUCAUAUAAAAGGUCUGUUAAUUAAUUUCAUCCACCACAACUGGCCAAGUUUAUUGCGAUUACCAUUUCUUGAAGAAUUUAUAACUCCUAUUGUCAAAGCCACAAAAGGAAAAGAAGAAAAAUGCUUCUACAGUCUUCCUGAGUUUGAAGAAUGGAAGACUGAAACUCCAAACUGGAAUAAGUACAAGGUAAAGUAUUACAAAGGUUUGGGUACAAGCACAGCGAAGGAAGCUAAAGAAUACUUUUCAGACAUGAAACGACAUCGCAUUCGAUUCCACUAUACUGGUACUGAAGAUGAUAAUGCCAUUCAAUUGGCAUUUAGCAAAAAGAUGGUAGAUAUGCGUAAAGAAUGGCUGACAAAUGGCAUGGAAGAAAGGAAACGCAGGAGAGAAUUAGGUUUGCCUGAACUGUAUUUGUAUGGCAAAGAUACAACUGCAGUAACUUACAAUGAUUUUGUUAACAAAGAAUUGAUUCUGUUUAGUAACAUGGAUAAUGAAAGAUCUAUUCCAUCAGCUGUUGAUGGCUUCAAACCUGGCCAGCGUAAAGUUCUUUUUACUUGCUUGAAGAGGAAUGAUAAGCGAGAAGUCAAAGUUGCCCAAUUAGUAGGGUCAGUUGCUGAACAGUCUGCCUACCAUCAUGGCGAACAAGCAUUGGCUGGAACAAUUAUUGGUUUAGCUCAAGAUUUUGUUGGUAGCAAUAAUAUCAAUGUGUUGUUGCCUGUAGGACAAUUUGGUACUCGUCUACAAGGAGGCAAAGAUGCUGCAAGUCCGAGAUACAUUUUCACUAUGUUAAGUCCAGUUACAAAGCAUCUUUUCUCAAGUUUUGAUUCACCUCUUCUGAAUCAUUUGUAUGAUGACAAUUUAAAGAUUGAACCAGAAUAUUACGUCCCUAUUAUUCCCAUGGUUCUUGUAAAUGGAGCUGAAGGUAUUGGUACUGGUUGGAGUACCAAGGUACCAAACUACAAUCCUAGAGAUCUUGUGAAAAAUAUUUAUCGCCUACUUGAUGGUGAAGAGCCUUUACCAAUGAAUCCUUGGUAUAAGAAUUUUAGAGGUCAGAUUGAUCGCUUAGAUGAUCAACAUUUUUUGGUAAGUGGAGAAAUUGCCAUACUGGAAGAUAAUAAAAUUGAAAUCACUGAACUACCUAUACGUACUUGGACACAGACAUAUAAAGAAAAUGUUUUGGAGCCAAUGGUUCAUGGAACAGACAAGACACCUGCUUUUAUUACAGACUACAAAGAGUACCAUACUGAUACCACUGUUAGAUUUGUCAUUAAAAUGACACCAGAUAAAUUUCAACAAGCUCGAAAUCAAGGAUUACAUAAAGCAUUCAAGUUGCAAACUUCUAUAUCUUUGUCUAGUAUGGUGUUAUUUGAUCAUUUAGGCUGCUUGCGCAAGUAUGAUUCUCCAGAACAGAUUUUAAAGGAAUUUUAUGAAGUUCGUUUUGCUUUAUAUGAAAAAAGGAAGGAUUAUAUGGUGGGUGCAUUGGAAGCUGAAUCUUUAAAGCUUAAGAACCAGGCAAGAUUUAUCAUAGAAAAGUGUGAUAAUAAAAUAUCUGUUGAGAAUCGUAGAAAGGCUGAAAUGAUUAAGCUUUUACAGGAUCGUGGAUAUGAUUCUGACCCUUUGAAAGCAUGGAAAGAGUCUCAGAAGAAUAUUGAUGAAGAAAAGGUUGAUGAGGAGUCUGAUACAGAGAAAGAAGACUCAUCAUCUGGGCCAGAUUAUGAUUAUUUAUUAGGUAUGACUUUAUGGAGUUUGACUCGAGAGAAAAAAGAUGAAUUGCUAAAGAAACGAGAUGAGAAAAUAAAGGAGUUAAAUGAUUUGAAAUCUAAAUCUGCUUCUGACCUGUGGCGAAAUGAUUUAAAAGAAUUUUUAGAGGAGCUGGAUAAAUUUGAAAAGGAGCAACAAGAGGAUGAAUCUGGUCACUCGAAGUUAAAGAAAAAGACUGUAGGAAAAAAGAAAUAUACUGAUGAAGAUAAACCAUCACCUUUUGGAGAGAGAGUGAAUCCACCUGUUGAUGAGGAGUUCAAAAAGAAGUGGGAGAAGAAGCCUAGUGUUCCUGGUGAAGGCAGAAAAGGUCGUAAAAAGAAACUUCCCGACAUCAAAGAAGAAGAUGGAGAUGAUAAUAAAGAAGUCUCUCUUUCAGAAAGAGUAGUAAGUACCACACCAGAGAAAAAACAGAAAGGGAAAGGUACUAAAAAUGGUACAAAACAAGCAGCUUUAUCUUUCAAAACAAUUGGAGAGAAGAAAGGAGCUACUAAAAGCCCCAAAAAGUCUAAAAGAAAUCCAUGGUCAGAUUCUGAAUCAAAUGAUGACAUUUCUGAUUUGUCUGACAUGGAUGAUAAGCCAGAAGAUUAUAUUCCUGCUGAAAAGAGAGAAAUGGCUCCUAGAAGAGCAGCUGCGAAAACCAAAUAUAAUUUUGAUAGUGAUGACAAUGAUAUGAAUAGUAAUAGUGACAAUGAAAGUAGAGAACCAUCACCUGUACCUGCAUCUAUUAAUCAUAGAAAUCAGGAUGUUGAAGAGAAACUGAAUGGUAAUGUUUCUUCUGAUCUUUCUGAUGUCGAGAGCAAUCCACUUCCACCUUUGAAUUCUAAGGGACAAUCUAAUAAUGAUUUAUUUGACUCAUUGCUAGGAAAUAAAGCUUCAGAAGAAAGUCCAGAAAAAUCAACCGAAAUUCGCAAAAAUGUCGAUUCCGACAGUGAUUCUAGUUCUGGAUUUAAAAUUGAAGUGGAAAAACCAGCACCGAAAGCUGCUCCCAAAAAACGAGCACGAAAAGCUAGUGAUGAAAGUUCAGAUGAUGACUUCAAACCAAAACCCAAGAAAGAGGCAAAAGCAAAGAAACCUGCAGCUCCUAGAAAGAAAUCUGCUCCGAAGGAAGGUGGUGGUGUUGCUAAGAAGCCUAGCAAACCAAAGGCCAAGCCAAAGAAAAAAUCUGGCUCAGAUGAUGACUUUGGAGCAUCAGAUAAUGAUGAUGCUCCUGAAUCGCAACCUGCACGUCAGCCUCGUGCUGGACGAACAAAAGCACCAACUAAAUUCACCUUUGAUUCAGAUUCUGAUGAUGAUUUUUAAUUUCAUCUCAUUAUAGAAAACAUCAAUUAAGGGAAGAAAAAAAUAGAUUUUCAACUACUGAAAAAAAAUUGCACAAUUGAUUUAAUUAUGCAAGAAAUUUCACAUUUUAAUCGAACAGAUUUUGGUUUUUAUGUACAACGUCAUUAUGUGUAAAUUUAUAUUUAAUUCAUAUUAUUUUAUUAACACUCUUCUCACUGCUGUUAUAUUUUACUAGACAUUUUAAGUAAUGAAAAUCAUUAUUUUGUAUUUAUAAUCUUGGAAGAUUCUGCUUUGUGUGGUUGGGAAGAGCUGGACUUUUACCUUAUUGUAAGUACCCGAACGUUAUUUAUUCUUAACAUGUUUUGUUAUAUGUUUUAUUGUUCAAGGACAAAGAUUUGAUGAAGUAUACAAGUGCUUACUUUUUUUUAAACUGCCUUGUUGUUAUGCAUUUUAUUUUAUUUGAAUUCUCAUGAAAUCUUACCAAUCAUUGGAUGCUGACGAGGUCAGUCUAAGUUUAUAUGUGUCGUGAAGAAAUGUGAAUCAUUCAGUAAAGAUAUCAUCUUAGAGAAUUAUCAUAUAAGAUUUUUUUAAACUGAAAUUUUAGAAUUUUUCUUUUGAAGUAUCAUUUUUAAUUCAAUUCACAAAUGCUGCAUUUUCAAUGUGGUAAUAAUCGUGCCAUUUAAAAAUGGCUUUGUUUGUAAAAAUGGCCUUACAUGUUAUUUAAAAUAAGCAAUAAUAUAAGAAAAUGUUAUAAUGACAAUGAACAAUUUAAUUUUGAAUGCAUGAUGGAAUAUAUCUAUUUAUAUGUGGCUUAUUAAUACAAGUAUAUUAUUAUAUUUCACAUAUUGUUAUUAGAAUUAUAUUUGUUUCCAGCAGAGAAUCGAAUUUAUUUGCUGUGGCUAAAUGUGAUUUAUCUGUGUUUAAUUUGUUAAUUAAUUGAAUGUGGUUUAAUUGCCAAACUCUAAUUAUUUAACGGCAAUAAAUUGCCAAAAUACGGCAGCCUAACUAUAUAUAUAUAUAUAUAUAUAUAUAUAUAACUAAUAACUAUAUAUUUGGUGAAUCUUCUUUUUAGCAGAGUUCAUUCUGUACCAUACUCUUUAAUUUAUCCUGAUAAAUUUUAAACAUGUCAGAAUUUAAUUUCUGAAAUUAUGGAAAAUAUCUUUUUGAUGGUACUUGUUUAGUAAUACUUCACUACUCAUUAGUACAAGAAAUACUAACAUCUGUUUCUUAUAAACUUAGUUGCCUUGUAAUUGAAAUUUGUAGACUUAAAUGCAUUAAAAUAAUAAAGAUAUUCACAAAAAUUUUUAUGAGAGAAAAAGCUUUGAAUAUUUAUAAAUAGAUUUUUCUAAUCUCUAUUUUUUUUAAAUUUAAAUUUUUAUUUUAUGAAUUUAGAUUUUAUAGCUGUGACUAGAUCUGUUGAAUAUUAAGAUAAUAUUAAGUUCCCUUUAAUGCAAUUUAUUGGUAUCCUAUAAAUUCUUAAUAACAGCAGUUUAUUUUACACAAGGAUUGCAUAACAUUUGGUGAAUUUUUAUUAUAAAAAUCUGAUUUUAUGUUAUUUGAGAAAGUUUUUGAUCUUUUUUUUAUUCAUGUGUUGAUUUUAUAUUAAUAUUAAAAUAUCUGAAAAUUAUUUAUUGACUUAUGAUCAUUUGUUCUAUUUAUUAUUAUUUUUAUUUUUAUUAUUAUUAUUUGUUACAAUUUCAUACAUGCUGAAAAAUUUUAUCAACUGAAGUAAUUUAAUUGUUAAUUGAUAUUUUUUAUGUCCAUUUAAAGGUAUUUUCUUCUUUUUAUUUAUUACAAUUUCAUGGGUAUUAAAUUGUAUGCAAUUUACUUUUCUGUAAUACUUAUCCUGUAUUGCGAUUCAUAUAUACACAUCAAUUGUAUUUCACUGCUAUAACUCAAAAUUUAAAAUAUCCUAAGAAAAGCAUUCUUUUCUGUUUCAAAAAGAAGUCUUAUUUUGGAUAACUGAAAUCGAAAAUAUUGCUAAUGUAACAAUAUUGGAUAACUUUUUAAUUAUAAAUGUUAGCUCUAGCAUUCAGUGCUUGAAGACAUGAAAAUUAUUAGUAAGAUAUUGUAGUUAAGGCUAAAUUUAGCAGGUUUCAGCCUGGAGUUUUACUAACAAGAAAGUACUAAUAUUGCAUUUUAAUAUCUUGCAUUUUGUUACUAAAUUAGAAAAAAGUUUGAUUUUAUUUUGAAAUACCUUUCAUAAGAAAUAUAGGAAUUGUCAUUAACUUACAAGAUUUGUUUUUCAAAUAAUUAAAUAUAUUAUAUUUACAUGAUUUUGAUAUUUAUGUUGGUUUUUUAUUUAUUAUUUCUUGAGUUAUUAUUGAAUUAAUAUAUAUUAUUCAAAUUAUUUUUAUUAAUGUAUUUAAAAGCAAUAAACUGUGAUUUGCUUACAUUUUUCUCUGAAAUAAAUAAAGCCUGACUUUGACACGUUAGUUGGUAUGACAUAAAAAUUUACAAUAUCAAAUAAAUUCAUUUUGCUAUUAGGACAUUGAAUUGAGUCAAAGUUUCCUAAAAGUGGCUCUGUUUGCUCCUUACUAAACAAAAUUUGACUAAAUUGAAGUUUAUCAAUAAUGAAAAGAAGGGAGGAAAAUAUUUUGAGAUCAAUGUGUUUUUAUUAUAACUCUAUUAUUACAAUAUAAUCCAUUUUUUAUUUCAUGCAAUUUUAUCUCUCAGCAAAUGUUCAUGUCGGCCUUCAAAUUGUCAUAGUCAUGUUGUGUAUUCAAUCAAUGAGUAGAUUUCAAUACCUACUCACUUUUGAAAUACUUCCCCUUUGAAGUGUAUUUUUUAUUUAAAUAUUUAUUUCAAAGUAUCUUUCAGUUUUAAAGUUAUAUUGAAAUCUGAUAGUCUUUCUCAUUCAUGAAUUUUGUCAGUUGUUAAUAAAAUUAAUACUUUAUUUUUUUAAAGUAUUCAGCUGUUUUAGUUAAAUAAAACCUAAUAUAUGCCUGAUGAUAGUAAUUUUGAAUUAUUCAAGCAUUAAUUAAAAAUUAUGCACAUAAUUAAGUUUUGUGUCUGGAGUCUUAAAAAAAUUUUUUUUGUUGCAUGCCUGCUUACUAUUAUUGUACUCUAGUUAAGAUGCUGUUUUUUAAGUAUUUAAUUAUCAGUUUCUUUUGAAAGAUUUGAUACGAAAUAAGAUUUUAUUUAAAAAUCUUGAAUAAUUAAAAAGCACACUUCAAAGGUUCAAUUUAUUGCUCAUAUAUAUAAAAUCUGCAGAGCCAAGUGCAAAACAUAUAAUUUUUAAAUGUUUCCUAAAUAUAUAAAUAAUAUUGCAAAUAUAAUUUUGUCAAUGCAUACCUGAAAAGAAGGAACUGUUGGAGUAAAAUUCAAUAUAAUUUACACAAGAAAGAUUGUUGAUACGACACAUCACUUUAGUUUACGACAAAAGAGCAAAAUGACCAAAAAAAAAUUUCCCUUCAGGGAUUUUACCAAGAGAUAGAUUUCUUUGACAUGUGCUGACUUAGGAAAAGAAAUCUUAGGGAUCUUUGAAAUGAAUAUGUAGUGUUAGGAAUUUUUAUGCCUUAGCUUGUGGUGUUGGAAACAAAAGAGUCGGCAAUUUUUUAGAGUGUGUAUUAGAAAUAAUUAAAAAUGAAAGUGGGAUUUGAAUAAGAGAAUUUUAUAAUGAAAUAGCAUGGGCUAAUUUAAGAUAAAAAUUAGGAACUUAUCUCUUAAUUUAGUUUAAAUUCAAAUAAUCAUUGCACAUAUGUGUAUUUUUCGAAAAAGAAAAGAUUAUGCAAUACCUUUAAAAAUUAAACAGAUUUUUUUUUUCAAAAUUUUUUGAAUUAUUGAUAGAAUCUGUUGAGUUUAUGAAAAAUUGUAUUAAAUUAUUAAAAAAAUUAUCAGAAAGACUGGUUUGCAAAUACUAAUUAAAAACUAUUAUAAAUCAAUAACUUUUCAGAAUUUCCAAGUACUAUGAACUCCUAUGUAAUAUGAAUUCAUAUAAUAAAGCAAAUAUAUAUAUAUAUAAUAUGAUUAGUUCUCAUACAGUACAAAAGGCAAUCAAAUAUUAUGCAUAAGAAAUUUAAUUAUUUUCCUGAUUAUUUAUUUAUAUAUUUAGAAAAGCAGAUGUAUGUACUUAACUGUUCUUUAUAGAUGAAUAGUGAAACUGACUAUUUUUUAAAAGAAGUAAUAUCUCACUAGGAAUAUAUGCAUUUACCAAUUAAAGAUGUUUAAAUUUGCAUAAUUUAUUUCAGUAAUACAUGUCUUGUUUAAUAUGAUUUCCAUUAUGUGGUAUAUACCUUCUACAUUGUAUGAGAAUCCAAUGUAUGAAAGUUUUGUAUGAAUAGUUCAGGAUUACCAUAUUUGCAUAUACUAUAUAUAUAUACGAGUAAAACGUUAUUUACAGGAAUUGUAUGUAUGCUUUUAUUAAAUACUUCUUCACUAUAACUAGCCUUGAGAUUUUUGAAAUUACCCCCCCCCCCCCCCCGCCUGCUUUAAUUCAAUUUUUUUACCGUAAAUGUACAUUUAAAAAAAAAAAUGAAUUACAAUUUUUAAGCAAUAGAACAUCUGGAGAAUAUUUAAAAUGACAGAAGUAAUGGCACAGUUAAUCAACAUUAUCUACAUUUUUUAUGCUUCAAGAUGAAGUGAGAACCUGUUUACUUACACGGCAAAUUUUUAUCCUCGUAUCCAGGCAUGGAGGGAUGAAGAUAUUAGUAAUUAUACAUGUCUUCAUGAGACUAAUGACCUCCACUGUCAGAUGAUGUGGGGAAAAUCUAAUUAAAUAUCAUUACAUUUCUUAAUCUCAAGCUCAAAAUUGAGGUUGAAUCUGAAUUUUGAUUAUAUAUUUUAUUCUACAGAUGCAGUUGUGAAUUAUAGAUUUCCCCUUCUGAUUACAGUAACUGCAAAUGACGUUUUAUUCAUUAAUAUUGUGUUUGCAAAACUUCUAAUAAAUAAUAUCCUUUAACAUGCAUAUGUAAAAAAAAGAAACAUUCUUGUUUUCUUCAGUGAAAAUAUUUAUCUGAUUCUUAUUGGUUUUAUUUAGUUGUUAAAAAAUAGUUAUAUUUUCUUUAUACAAUUAUAUUUAUGACUCCAGUUUAUAUAUCAUAAUUUGUACAUAUGUCAUUUGACCUUAAAAGACGUUUUUCAUGUAUUGUCAUAGAAUUCAUUCCAUGCUAUUAAAAAAAAAUUUCAGUUUGCUUUACUUAUUUGCAACAAUGUUUUAAACGUUUCAAGCUAAGAAUGCAUACUUGUUUUGAACUUUAACAUGCAUAAUCUGUAGUUUUUAAAAAAAGCCAUUUUAACAAUGAAGUGUACAGCCAUACAUGACUAAUAUUAUAAGUUUUGUGAUUGUGACUGUACUAUUGUGAAUGUAUGUUUUAGAUGUUCUGAGAUAACAAUUAGAUGUCAGCAAUAUUACAACUUUUUAUAUGAUAAAUGCUACUUGAAACAAUGAAAGUGUUUUCUGUCAUUAUCAUUCAUAUCAUAAACUAUUUAACAUUUUAAAUGCGUCAUUCCGAGAUAUUAUAUGCAUUUGAAUGGUGACUGUAAGUUAUUUGAAAUUAAAAACUGGUG